AUGACUACCACCGUUCACGUCGAGAACAUUGCCGCCGCGACUGGCGAUGCUGAAGUUAAGGACUUCUUUAGCUUCUGCGGCAAAAUUACCGACAUCAAGGUUACCACCGAGGGCGAGACGAAGAAGGCAGAGGUUACCUUUGAGAAGGAGACAGCCAUGAAGACAGCGCUUCUCCUGAACAACACACAACUCGGCCCCAACCACAUCAAGGUGACGAGCGCCACAGGCGACUCCGAGGACGAUGGCUCGCACUUUGCUCGACAGGGCAACAGCAACGAUGAGAUUACUCAGGAGAUGAAGCCCCGCACCCGCAUCCUCGCCGAGUACCUCGCACACGGCUACGUCGUCGGUGAUGCGACCAUCCAGCGCGCCAUUGAGCUAGACCAGAAGCACGGCGUCUCGUCGCGAUUCCUCAGCACCCUGCAGGACCUGGACAAGAAGUACCAGGCCACCGACCGCGCCAAGACGGCCGACCAGAGCUACGGCAUCUCCCAGCGCGCCAACAACUUCUUCACCGGCCUGAGCAGCUACUUUGAGAAGGCCAGCAACACGCCUACCGGCAAGAAGAUUGCGCAGUUCUACCUUGAUGGCUCAAGACAGGUGCAGGAUAUUCACAGCGAGGCCCGGCGGUUGGCUGACUUGAAGACGGAGGAGCACGGAGGCAGCGCGUACAAGGCGGCUGGUUUUGAAAAGGUCUUUGGAAAGGAGAAGAAGGAGGAGAAGCCUGCGGCCGCUGCCCCCGCCGACGCUCCCGUGAUCCCCGGAACUGCUGCUCCCGCUUCCGGAGCCCCCUCUACUGAUGAGAAGACCGCUUAA